AUGGAUGAUGCUUUGCGUCGCAGCAUCUUCGGUUUAUCUGACGAAUCAGAUGAACCAUCGCCAAAGCGAAGGCGCUCGAGGUCGCAAGACUCGGGCGCUCACAGUGGUGUCGGUUCUCCUAUGGACACCACUUCGCAACGAGGUGCCAGUACUUCUGUCGGUACGUCGCAGGAAGAGCGGAACCGCAGUGUUAUGUGUCUCGCUCCCGAAAAAAAAGCACGGCUGCCUCCAAAGUCGGUCAUGGAUCACUUGUCGGCGACGACAAGUGAUCGCUAUUGA